AUGACCCGCGGGUACGGUUCGGUCUGUGAGAGCGCCACGGGCGAUGACCUAGACGUUCGAUUGACCGCCGUUCGUAUCGAGAGUGGCUCAUUUUCACUUCGAGUCGAACUCCUCAUGUGUUCGAAAACGAUUUUCGAUAAUCCUGAUCCUGAAGAUCUCAGCUUUGACUUCUCCUUAGAGAAUACUGGAUGCUUGAUCACUGUGAGGAACUACAGAGAUUUCAACGAUGACUCUGCAAAAAAGCUGUUUCCUCGUAGUUCAGCUGACUAUGUACCUUCAGCUACACUGGUUGCCGCCGUUCCAAGUGAGAAGACAGAUGACCUUAGAUUUGUAGAUUGCAUGGCUCGUGUAGUUGCUGUUAUUGAUAUGUACGAAUGGAUGCUGGCUGCCUGCUGGGAUGGUGAUAGAAGCAAACCACCAAUUCCACUUUAUCUCUACAGAGCUAGACUAAGGAUUCAAUGUCUGCAUGAUUUCUUUUGCAUUGAGAAGCAUAUAGAAAAGUUUGAAGACGAUCUAGAGAUUUCUAAUGUGAGAAGUGCUCCACAAUGGGAAGUCGCGCUUAUGGAGCAUAUCGAUGAAGUUCUGAUCGCUUUGGAUAAAAUUGCAAACGCUGGUGAAAAGGUGGAAGAGGCUUUUGAAGUUGCAGUGGAAAUCCGGCAGUGCCUCAUUGAAGGCAAGAGCUGUAGCGAAGAUCUGUUGUCUUCACUUGUUAUGAAGCGCACUUCAUCUCCUUCCACCUCGUCAGCGCCGGGACUUCUGUCACCAGAUAGUGGACGUCCAAGUAGUAACGAAUCAAGUGGUAAUGCUACUACAGCUGUCAACGAAAAGCAGUUGUUAUGCGACGCACAGCAAAAAGUUAGCGCAGCUGGGUUAGAGCAGUGUGGAGUUACUCAGCCUGUUCAAAGCCUGACAAGUGAAUCAUUCUUGCUUCCACCUAGUACCUCUCUUGCAACAGCAGCUUCGUCCGUUCAAGCUAUUGUGCCAUCGACUAGCUUCUCUACACCUACCACAACCUUAUCCAUUCCUAAGGUGCCUCAACCACCACCUCUUAACCUCGACGAGCAGUCUCUGUUGGCUCUAUUGAAAGAGAAGAUUCAACUUGGCGACGUGCGUAUAACCCUACUGAACAUGCUUGCAACAGAUGGAACUUCUCAUUACCAUGUGGGGAAUUCACUUCCAGCAGCCAUCGAAGUAGGUUGUGCAGAACUUGGGAACAUAAUGCGUUUAUGCAAUCCAGUUGAUCCCGCUAGCCAAAUAGCCACACUAGCCGCUGCCAUGGGACUUAAUCCAGCACCGUUCACUACUAUGAUCCAGGUUGUUUUGUUCUGCUUGUUAUUGUUGUUUCUAUUUUAA